UUAGCUAAAAAGUUGGAUAGUCCAGAUUUUUGAGUGUGACACUCUAGUAAUUCUAUAAAUAUUCUCCUACUCAAGCUUAGUGAACCACUUCUCUACUUUGUCAUCACCAACCUGCUGAAGUUAAUUACAAUACCAUUCUCUAUUUUAUAAACUAGUGAGACUGCAAAAAUAAAUUCAUCCUAUUUUCCUCUUGUGACAAUUACAUCGUGCUUGUCCAAGUAGCCAUUUAGUCGCGUCCAGAAAAUAGUCGGCUUGUUACUAGCAAGUGAAUGUACAUAUAUAGUCGUUUAGUGGCAUGUAGAGAGUAGUCGUCUUAUUACUGGCAGAGGAAUGAAUCUCAAUUAAGACAUUUGGUGUUGUGAUGAUCAGAGUAGUCAUUUUGUUGUUGGUUGGUGAAUCUUCUAGUUAGCCAUUUACUGACGAGCUGAGACUAGAGUAGUCGUCCUAUUAUUAUUGGGAGGUAAGUAUUUUGGCUAGCCGUUUAGCGACGUGCAGAGAGUAGUUGUCUUGUUGCUGGUAGGUGAAUCUUCUAGUUAGCCGUCGUGAAAGUAAAGUCAUGUUGCUGACAGGUGAAUUUUCUGGCUAGCCGUUUAGUGUCAUGCAGAAAGUAGUCGUCUUGCUGCUGGUAGAUGAAUCUUAUAGUUAGCCAUUUAGUGCUGUCCUGAGAGUAGUCGCUGACAAGUGAAUUUUCUAACUAGCCGUUCGUCUUUUUGUUGACAAGUGGAUCUUCUAGUUAGUCAUUUAGUGAGUGCAGAGAAAAGUUGCCUUGCCACUAGAAGGUGAAUCUUCUAGAUCAUAUAUAGUUAUCUCAUCAUGCCAACUACCAUGGUGGCAAAACGAGCUCGUGCCAUGUGGUGGAUGAGGCUACACUCCGCCAUUCGAACAGCCUUGGCAUGCACCAUAGUGGGGUGUGUCACCUUAUACAGUUCAUCUUCUCUUGCGAAGCAACUAGCAUUUCCUUCUUUUUCCUACGUUACAUCGGUAUUCAUAGUGUCCGAUGCCACGUUAGGACAUGCCUUAAGGGGAUGUUGGCAUGCAUGUCUUGCAACACUUCAAGUCAUGCCACUUUCCAUGCUAGGCCUAUGGCUUCAUAACUACGUUGCCACCGAUGAAUUUUCGCCCGAGGUAGCCGCCCUGAUGGUGGCAGUGAGCGCAUUUUUGGUGGCAUUACCGGAGAGUACGGAAUUAAUGUGCAAGAGAAUUGCUUUUGGACAGCUUGUUAUAGUGUAUGUUGAUGCUGUUAUUCAUGGGGUUUAUGUCAAUUCUCCCGUCAUGCACCCUCUUAGAAUUGCUUUUAGCACUUUACUUGGAGCUGUGGCUUCUAUCUUGGCUUUGUUGCUGCCCUAUCCUUGGCUAGCCUAUCAUGAGGUGAGAAAAUUAUACCAAAUAUAUGCAGAAAGUGCAUCGGGAAGAAUAAACUUAUAUUUGAAGGCCAUCCGUAAUCAAGAUGAUGAGAUAACCAUGGAGCUAAUUUCUCAAACAAAGCCCUUUACCGAUACAGGAAGUAAGCUUCUUGAGACUAUCAAAUUCUUGGAGGAAGGUUUACAAUGGGAGAAACCUUGGCUAAGAUACUUGAAUCCCUAUUACACAGAUCCAGGACAAGGUUUUCAAAACAUGGACAUUGCAAUGAAAGGAAUGGAAGUGGCUAUAACUUCUAGCCCAUCUUUUCCCACAAGAAUGAUAGAUAAAGAGCUCUUUAAAGUCACACAUCAUGUUAUGAUGUUUCUUGGCCAAAAAUUGGGGCAAGAAAGAUCAUUUUUACCACAUAAUUCAGUAACAGCUUUGGAAACAGUAGGGGAAUUUGAGGAGUCAUCUAGGCUGCACCAAGAACCGAUCUUACCAACGAAACAAGAUCAACCAGCACUUUUCUUCUUAUCUUGUUUCAAAAUGUGCAUGAGUGAUUCUGACACUAUCACUACUAUGACCGAAGGACUAAGAAGCACAAUGGGAAGUAGUAGUAACAAAUCGUGCUGCAGACAAGCCUGUAUUGAUUGCACUAUGCCAAUAAUCCAUGAAAGAAUGGUGGUAUUUGCGUUCAAGUGUUCGCUUUCAUUAGGCCUAGCUGUGCUACUUGGUCUUCUAUUUAAUACUGAAAAUGGGUACUGGUCAGGCCUCACAAUAGCCCUCAGCUUUGUCACAAGGAAAGAAGCAAUUUUCACAGAAGCAAAUGCUAGAGCACAAGGAACAGCUAUAGGAUCAGUCUAUGGAGUACUUGGCUGUACUAUCUUUCAAAAAGUCGCGCAAAUAAGGUUCUUAUCCCUCCUCCCUUGGAUAAUUUUCACCACAUUUCUAAGGCAUAGUAGGAUGUUCACUCAAGCAGGGGGAACAGCAGCAGUAAUAGGUUCACUACUGAUUUUGGGCAGAAAAAGUUAUGGUCCACCGAGUGAAUUUGCAAUUUACAGACUCACCGAGGCCUUCAUUGGACUAGCUUGUUUCGUUGUUGUUGAGCUUAUGCUGCAGCCAACAAGUUCAGCCACUUUAGUCAAGAAGCACCUCUAUCUGGUCCAGGGAACACUCAAAGAUUGCACUGAACGCAUGAUCGUCGAUUCAAGGCAAAAGGGGCUAAUGGAGAAGCAAAGGGACCUGAAAUAUCAAGUCAAAGACUUGGACAAGUUCAUUAAAGAUGCAGUAUUGGAACCUAGAUUCUGGUUUUCUCCUUUUCCAAUUUCUUGCUACCUGAAGCUCCAACGAUCUUUGUCAAAGAUGGCAGAUGUUCUGUUUUUCAUGUCCUGUGAUAUCGAAUUCCUCUGUCAAGCAUUCGAUAGGUAUUAUCCUGAUAAAAAGGAGCUUCAACAAUACAUAAACAAGGACCUACAGCAGUUUAAGGAUGCUCUAAGCUCUUCAGUGAGCUGCUUUGAGAAAACUAUUUCUAUCAGACUGUUAAAAACUUCUCAAAUCCAGCCAGAGCAGAAUAUAAUGAAUGAUCUUGAAGAAGGGAACUCAUCAUGUCCAAGGGGGGAGGUGGAGAUGAUUCUAAGUUCUUUUCUUCAGAACUCAAACGAAGUUCGUGGUAAAGUGAGAGACAUUGCAGGUAUAGAGCUUAGAGGAACAAUUGUUGGUUGUUUGUGUUCAUUGGGAUUUUGCAUGAGCUUUUUGGAGAGAGAAGUAAGAGACUUCGAUAGUGGGAUAAAAGAAUUGGUGAAAUGGGUAGAUCCUUUGGGCGAACCAAUCCGUUCAUAAGAACCUGCUACAGUUACCAUCACGGUAUUACGCCAUAAAGACAGCCUCUUGCAGAAAUGCAGGUAAGGCUGCGUAUCAUAGACUUUUGAGGUCAGGCUCUUCCCUAGACCCCACAUAUAAUGGGAGCUUUAGUGCACCGGGCUGCCCUUACUGUAAGCAAAUCCAUAUGAUCAAGACACAGCACAUGAAGUAGUAGAUCUAAAGUGGGCAUUAGCAUCUAUCAUCUAUAGUUGUUUUUCACUUACUUUUUUCUCUCUAGCUUUCCUUAAAAUUCAAAGGCAAUAUGUUAUUCUGAAUCUUCUCUACAUUUUUGUAAAGCACAUAAUCAUCUAGGCAGUUUAAACUACGAAGGAUAUUAUGG